CGGGCGGCCCGGUGCCUGCUGGGAAAUGGAGUCCCAGCGCCGAGGAGAGGCGUGAUCGGCGGAGCCCGGCGGUCGCCUGCUGGGGGGCGGAACGGGCCCGCGGGAGCAGCGGCCGGACGCAGCCGCCUCGGCAGCCUCGCGGCUGGCCGCGGCCGGGAGGCAGCAGCGGGAGGCAGGACAAGGCCAGACAAGGGGAGUACAGGGAUCAGCAGCAAUACCGUGAGGGCCCCUGGAAGGCCACCCGUGAGACUAAAGGAGAAGUCCUGCUGUCAGACUCUGACCUCUGCACUUGCUGUUGAUCCGGUACUGCUGAUGCGGGGGGAGGACUGGCCUGAGAAACAGCGGGCCUGCCGUCUUGCGUCUAGUGCUGGCAGCGCUCCCUCGCUUUGAUCUGCCCUUGGUCACUCACCUGCGAGCAGCAGAGCGCGGCGCGAGGCACCCCGCUAUUACGGCUUGUGACAUUUCAGAUAGGCCCAAAUUCCUGCAAACGCUGAAGCAAACAGAUAUAUAGGUGGAGCUGGUAAAUUUACUUCUACGAAGCAUUAAUACAGCCAGCAAGUUUUGCCUUCAUCUUCCCUAGUUGUUUCUUGGCUUCAGCACAGUCAAGACCUGUCAAGACUGUGGGUGCUGCUCCAGAGAACCAUGUGAGGUGACUUACAGAACUGACAGAUUCAGCUUGUGCACUCUGCAGCUGCAAUUCUCAGUCCCUUUUGCUUUGCACACUCCCACAGAAUAAGAGAGGGAACAAGUUGUUUGUGUUAUGCUAGAAGAGAAAAUGGGAUGCAGUGGGAGACAGAAAAGCCCACUGCAACCAUUCCUAGCGCUAUUCCAUCCCAAACCUGAUCCCUGCCAUUCCUCCCGCCUCUCCAAGCCUCUUAAAAAAGCUCAGCAGGUACCUGGAUCCUCCAAGUUUCAGAUCCAGAAUCCUGAAAUCCAAGAAAGGAUAUUUAUAAGUAUGCAGUUAUCUAUUUUUAAAUAACCAAAAGCACAAAAUGCCUUAGCCACUCGAUGUUAGCUAAAUUCACCUCGUCUAUUGCAAUCAAGUCAUAUUACUUCUUAUGCAGUCUGCAGUAUCUGCAAGGGCCAGUUUGAUCAUCCAUCACUGAAGUUACACGAUACUACUAAUUUCCAGGCACCUGCUGUUUGGCGCAACCAUCCCAGGGCACCUCCAAAGAGACCCAAGUGCUCCCACCGCAGAAGAAACUCUGUCGCUGGCGGUAACCGGAGGCCCCUCGGAGGGCGAGUGCUCAGAUUUCAUUCUGCUGCAGCUGGUGGCUGAACGUUUCUGCCUGGGAUGGCGGAGGAUCAGGAGCUGACUCAGCCACACAAAGCUCAGCUCGAGCCCUCCCUUCAGCAGCGCACCAGCAACACGUACCGCAGUGCAGAGCACUCGCAGGCCUUGCUCAGUGGCUUGGUAGCUCUCCGAGACAGCAGCAUCCUCUUCGAUGUAGUUCUGGUAGUGGAAGAGAAACCUAUUGAAGCUCACCGCAUACUUCUAGCUGCAUCCUGUGACUAUUUCAGAGGAAUGUUUGCAGGAGGACUGAGAGAGAUGGAACAGGAUGAAGUUCGUAUCCAUGGCAUCUCCUACAAUGCAAUGUGUAAAAUCCUGAACUUCAUUUACACUUCUGAGCUGGAGCUCAGUGUAAACAGUGUUCAAGAAACCUUAGCUGCAGCCUGUCAGCUUCAGAUUCCAGAAGUCAUUAAGUUCUGUUGUGAUUUUCUCAUGUCCUGGGUAGAUGAAGAGAACAUCCUGGAUGUCUAUAGAUUAGCUGACCAUUAUGACUUGAGACAUUUGAGUGAUCAGCUGGACUCCUAUAUUUUGAAAAACUUUGUAGCUUUCUCAAAGACACAAAUGUACCGGCAGCUACCCUUCCAGAAGGUCUACUCCCUUCUCAGCAGCAACCGGUUGGAGGUUAACUAUGAGAAUGAGGUUUAUGAAGGGGCACUUCUUUAUCAUUAUUCUCCAGAGCAACUGGAGACAGACCAAGUCUCCCUGAUGGAGCCCCCUAAGCUACUUGAGACAGUUCGUUUUCCUCUGAUGGAACCCCAGGUCCUGCAAAGGCUUCAUGACAAAUUAAGUCCAUGUCCUUUAAAAGAUAAAGUAGCAGAUGCACUAAUGUACCACAAGAACGAAUGUCUUCAGCCAAUGCUUCAGAGCUCCCAGACACAGCUGAGAUCAGAGUUCCAGUGUGUAGUGGGAUUUGGAGGGAUGCAUUCUACUCCAUCCAUCGUCCUCAGUGACCAAGCCAAGUAUCUGAACCCCUUGCUGGGAGAGUGGAGGCACUUUACGGCUCCACUAGCCCCCCGAAUGUCCAACCAGGGGAUUGCUGUUCUCAAUAAUUUUGUGUAUUUAAUUGGAGGAGACAACAAUGUACGUGGUUUUCGAGCAGAGUCAAGGUGUUGGAGGUAUGACCCGCGACACAACAGGUGGUUCCAGAUCCGGUCCCUACAGCAAGAGCACGCUGACCUCAGUGUUUGUGUUGUGGGCGACUAUAUAUACGCUGUCGCCGGGCGAGAUUACCACGAAGACCUGAGAGAAGUGGAGAGGUAUGACCCUAAAAGCAACACUUGGGAAUAUGUGACACCUCUGAAGAAGGAGGUGUAUGCACAUGCUGGAGCAGCACUGGAUGGGAAGAUGUAUAUUACCUGUGGGAGGAGAGGAGAAGACUAUUUGAAGGAGCUACAAUGUUAUGACCCAAAGACUGACCGCUGGGACAUCUUAGCAGAUGGUCCAGUCAGACGUGCUUGGCAUGGGAUGGCUGCACUUCUAGGGAAGCUCUAUGUAAUUGGAGGAAGCAACAACGAUUCUGGCUACAGAAGGGAUGUUCACCAGGUUGCCUGCUAUAAGCCAAGCACUGAUCAGUGGACAAACGUAUGUCCACUUCCUGCAGGACAUGGAGAGCCAGGUAUUGCUGUCUUAGACAACAGGAUCUACGUCUUGGGAGGCAGAUCUCACAACAGAGGGAUCCGCAUGGACUACGUCCACAUUUACGAUGCAGAGAGAGACUGUUGGGAGGAAGGUCCCCAGCUGGAGGAUGAUAUUUCUGGGAUGGCUGCCUGCGUCCUCACUUUGCCCAGGGCUAUUUUAAUGGACACAGAAAAAUGGUACUCAGAAUGGCAUGCAGACCACCUGCAGAAUCACCUUGACUUUCCAUCGGAAGUUAUGAGUGUGUCAGACUGGGAGGAAUUUGACAGUUCAAGUGAAGACUAGAAAAUUUUAAUAUUUAUUUUUUGCCAGCAGAUGAGGAAAUUAAGGCUUGGAGAAAAUAUUUAGAGAUUUUAUAUGUAUUUCUUAUUAUAAAUAUAAAUCAGUAUUUAAAGGUUUGAAAAAUGAGUGUUCUGCACAAAAGGCUAUUCACAGUCAAUGUCUGCCCAUCUGCAAGUGUUCUGCACAAAAUGCCACUUACAGUCAAUAUCUGCCCAUCUGCCAGAAAGCAGCGUUAUUAAAGUAACCACAGAACUGCCUUUUUUCCCUGUUAAAUAAUAGAAGUUCUUUUCCUUUGAAGGAGACUUUUCUCAUCCUUCAGCAUGGACAGAAAUAAAGGCACAGAAGGCUCAGCUUGACUAGCUUCUUUCCUUCCAGCUUUUAGCUUGAAAUAGCUUUUCCAAGCGUUUUCUUUUCUUUUUGGUGAUAAAACCUCCUAGCCAGCUUAACACAGGAAGACAAGACCUAGUGCCUCCCUCCUGUGCCAGGUGUCAGACAGCUUGAUCAGUUAUUCAGCAAAAUUGAACAUACAGAAGCAGGAACAGUGGCAAGAAAGUCUGAACCUUCAUCUCAUCUGGGCAUGCAGCCAUCCUCCUAACUGGGUUAGAGCCUGUGAUGUGACACCCACUCCUGAACUUCUAUACUGCGGCUCCUGUCAACACAGUGGAACGAUUUCUCUGUACAGAGUAUGGCCAUCUCAUCAUUCAACUCUCAGACACAUUUGUUCACAAGCAUAAAUUAAUAAAUCCUUGUCAGAACCUUUUUUCUUUUUAA